AUGCAGGCACCGCUAAGCUUUCUGAUAAGAAUCUUCUCUUUAUCUUUCUCCAUCAACACAGGCAUUCAACAUUCUGCCUUUGUCGAAUGGACGAAAGUGAUGGAAAAAUUUCCUGGAGUCCCUUUAACAUCAAAAGAAAUAUGGUAUUACAUAGAAAAAGAAAAUUUAAAAGACCUCAGUUGUUCUUCAACUCCUCAAGCAUCACUGAAUUCUAUGUUGCAUGCCAAUUCAAAGGGAACUGAUGCAUUAUUCUAUAAAGUGAUUGGCAGAUCAGGACUCUAUGGACUUGCGAAUGACAUUCCAGAAGGUGCAACAAUUGUGGAGAUGGAAGAUGAAGUGGAGGACUCAUGUGAUGAUCCAAAAACAUCAGCAACUCCAUUGACUACAAGUGCUGAUGAUUGCAACAAUGAUUAUGCCAACUUCUUAUUAAACAAUAACAAUGCUCCUGAAAAGAAAAAAGAAAAGAUAACGCUUGUUCAGCUCCCUUCAAAUUUUGUGUUUCCAGUAAUUUUAAUGGAACCUCCAACAGCUGAAAAUUCAUUAGAUAUAACUGAUAGUGAAACUUCAAACAACUCAUCAAACACUAAAAGUAGUCCAACUCUUGAUGAUGCAGUUGCUGGUUCAACGAUAAUUGUCGUUGUUACAUCAAGUGCUUCUGACUGCAACACUUUGGCUUCUACAGUCACUACUGCAGCUACAAUUACUAGCGACAUCUUCUCAACAGCCUCUGUACCAAGUUCCAGCACGUUAACAUCAAAUAAGUUGAAUGUCAAAGAUUAUAUCAUCAUUUCAAACUGCAGCAGAAGCACAAAUAACGAUGAUUCAAUUUUUGACAACAAAAAUAAUAAGAAAUCUCGCAAGAGCUCGUCAGUAUGCAUUCAGUCAUUAAAUCAUUACAAGAAACGAAAAAGAAAAAGGUCGAUGAUGAAUAAUAAUUCUUUAAAUGAACAAAAUAUUAACCAACAUCUCAAAAAAGACGCUCAAGAAGUUUUAUAUAACGGAGACUCCCAGGGCACGACAGACAGCCAGGAAAGCACUGCUUCCAUCAUCAAAACUACAUCAACUACUGCAACAAUUACUACUACAACUAAUGCAACAACUGCUGUUCCUUCUACUGUUGCAAACAACAGUGCCACUACUGCAACUUCCACAUCUAAUGAAAUAUUAACAAAUGAUAAAAACAAGCCUCAAGAUAUUAGCCACCAGUCUGACAUAUCGACCAUUAAAUCGUACAUAUCUAACUCUGUGCUUUCUUCUUCUAAGAUGAGGAAACGAUCGCAAAAGCUGAGCAUGGCAGCACAGAUUCAGAAGUCGCGUCUCGGUUGUGUUGACCUCAGGACUCCAAAUUCAUUCCUCGUCAACAUCAAUUUGAAGAGUUUGUUGAAUAAGCACACUUUUUCAAUGCUGCCGGGACAUUAUCAGGAAGAGUUGAGCAAAUUGUUGCCAUCCUGUGAUCAAACUGUCAUCGAUGGAGCUUACAGGCUAGCAAACAAUACGGCUCUCAGUAAUGAAUUCUUCACGAAGGCCUGCAUGGAAUGGAGGGAGAGACUUCAAGAUGGUGAGUUCACGACGGAGAAUCAAAGUAAGCGCAAGCAUGAUGAUAAGGACUCAAACAAGCUGGACCCCUGGAAGGAGAAACAUUUUGAAGCAAGCUGGGGCGAAAAGUUGUCUGAUGUUCUUGACCCCAGUUCAUUGAAUGUUCCACCGAGCAAACGAUCUCCAUCCAUCACCUCCUCCUCUUUCCCAUCUUCGUUUUCCAUGAUACUGUCAACUACCAAUGAAUGUACAAACAAUGUUUCAUCAGCCACUUCUGGAGUGUCUGCUUCUAGACACACAGAUCGACCAAUAUCUCUAAACUUGCGGUCAUCAACGAGAGAAAUUUCUCAGCACGACAUCAGUGAAGCUUGCAUCAUCUAUGACGCCACCCACUACGUCAAACAAUUUCUCUUCAAUAUCAUCCUCGUCAUCUCCACCAUUAACUGCAACUGCAUUGUCCACAGUAGUGACACCUAUCCUAACUGCAAGUACGCCAACAACUACGUCUUUCUUUACGGCGGAAUUGAAUUCUUCCAAGUUGCAGUAUUUUCAUCGCUAGCAGUAGUCACCCAGUCCGUAACAUCUUCAUCAACAAAUCUGCUAUCACUCUACUCCUGUCCAGUUUGCUCAAGCUUAAUACCAACUUCAUCAGCUUCAUUAACUACAACAGCCGCCACAUUAUCACCAAUUAUGUCAGUUAAUGAUCAGUUCAGUUGCUCUAUCAAAAAAGAAAGUCAAAAUGCUGAAGAGAUGUACCAGAAUAACAAAAGAGCUUUCAGUGAAUUGCAGCAUUCAGAUGCUUCUCAAGAUGCAAAACGGUUGAAAUCCUUUUCCUCACCAACCAGAAUGGAGUUGUUGCAACCUGCAAAAACACUAGAAUCAAAAUACAAUGCAACAUCUCCUACUCCAGCUAAUGAUUUAUCAAAAAAUUUAAAUUCAUCUUUUUCCAGUUCUUCAGCUUCUUCUUUAUCAUCACCACAAUCAAAAUCGCCUCCUUAUAUGCUGACAGCAACUUCUGCAACCUCUCCUCUUCAACUUGCUCGCAAGCUAUUUGGCAGUCAGAACAAACAGAUUUCAGCUCCUUACAUGAGUCCCAAGCCUCAAAACCAAACACGAACCUUAGCUCAAAUCAAAGCACAAAAUCAAGCCAAACGAUCAGCAAAGAAUUUAAUGCAUCAUUUUAAAGAUUCAUCAUUUCUUAACAAUAACAACAGCAUCAACAAUCUUUCCAACAGUGACAGUAUGGCGACUUUGGAUGGUUCUCCCACACAGGUCGCUCAACUGAAAACUGAAUAUAUUUCAUCUAGUGAAACAGUUGAAUUAGCUGUAAAAAGUGUUAAUAAUGAUGGUGAAUCUCUUUUGAAAACUAAAAUGGCCUCAACUGAUAAUACGUCGAUAACUUCAUUUGCUUCAGAAGAGAAGAUUCAAAGCAGUUUUAGGUUGAACGACGAAUCUAAAUCAAAUUCAGAAUGCAAGAGUAGUUCUUUGAUGUUUUCAAGUUAUGAUAUGCAAUCAAACGAGCAACGUAUAACAAAUUCAUCGUCCAUACCUUCACAAGCUGGUUCAAUAUCUGCAGUAAUCAAAACGGAAAGAAUUGUACAACCAUCAUCUACAGCUGACGAAAGUUUUUUAACUUCAUCUUUGCUUAAAGAGUCAUAUCAUGAUUUCAGAUCAUUAUCUGCAUGCACUCCAACGACAGUUACUUCAUCGUGUGAAAUGUCUAAGUUAUUAGUGCCAUCAAAAUUAUCGCUGACAAACUCAUCUACGGAGUUAAAUAAACAGAUCUUUGAUGCCAAAAACGAAACGAUUUUGCAGUCACAAUUUCAUAUACCAUCUACUGCAUCAUCAGCAACUAAGUCUCAAGCAUCUCUUUUAGCAGCCCCGUUAACGUCAAAAUCACCAAAUUCACUGCAGCUUGCCGAAUCUUUAACACAAAAUUCAACAUCUUCUUUUGCUUCUUCAUCAUCAUUUAUUGCUUACGAAUCAACACCAGCAACACCAUCAGCAGGAUCACUGACUUCACAACCUCCGGUUCUGCCCAAGCACAAGUUGAAAAUUGUUAGAGUGGCCUCAUCUGGUGGUCAAAUAACUUACAAAGUUGAGAACUGCAUAGUCCCUGUUUCUCUUCCUGAAACUUCGACGAGCAACAAAGAUUCUAAGAAUAUUACUUCUUCUGAUUCGCUUCUCUCGUCAAGUAAUCCAACAAAAUCUGACAGCGGUUCAGUUGACCAAGGACUCGUAUUUGUUUCAUCAUCCUUUCCUUACUCGCAACCUUUUUCAUCACAAUCAUCAAAAAAAUCACCCCUAGCCAGCACUUUUCCAACAAAAUCUUCAGUAUUUGUAUCGUCAUCGAAAUAUCAAUUUAAAAACUCUCAUCCGAAAGCAGCAACUCCUUUGUCAUAUUUUCAAAAUCAACCUAUUUUUAAUGAAGCAAAAUUGAUGAAUAACACCAAAUAUCAGCGCAAUGCUAGUAACAACCAAUCAAAAAUAACAUGGAAGUCAACUUAUGGCGAAUUAUUACUAAGAAACAAUCUUGAAAAUUCAGUGGAUUGCACAUGCAACUUGAAGGCGUUCGUCAUCUGCAGCAAAUGCGGAGCCUUUUGUCACAAUGAAUGCAUUGGACCUUCUAAAAUGUGUAUUACCUGUCUUAUAACCACCUAA